UCUUCACCUACUAUUUUCAAUGAAUCAUCAGAAACACGAAUAGACUUUGACCCUGAUGCUUUCUUUUUCUACUUAUCCUAUGGUUGGCUCGAUCGAGGUGACUCAUGUACUGGAGAUGAAUCAGGGAUACGAA